ACUGCCUGCUGGAGGCUCAGCCCCCUUUCCUUUUUCCUCUUCUCUCACCCUGAGUUACCUUCUGGGAUUUUGGAGUUGAGCACAUGGGGACUCCAAAUGAUCAGGCAGUGUUGCAGGCCAUCUUCAACCCUGACACCCCAUUUGGAGACAUUGUUGGGUUAGACCUGGGAGAGGAAGCAGAGAAAGAAGAAGAUGAAGACGGGGUUUUCCCUCAAGCACAAUUGGAGCAGUCCAAGGCCCUGGAGCUGCAGGGGGUGAUGGCAGCAGAAUCUGGGGACCUCAGCACAGCCCUGGAGAGGUUUGGUCAAGCCAUCUGCCUGCUGCCUGAGAGGGCCUCAGCCUACAACAACCGAGCCCAGGCCCGAAGACUCCAGGGAGAUGUGGCGGGCGCCCUGGAGGACCUGGAGCGCGCCGUGGUGCUGAGCGGCGGCCGGGGCCGCGCCGCCCGCCAGGGCUUCGUGCAGCGCGGGCUGUUGGCGCGGUUGCAGGGCCGGGACGACGACGCCCGCAGGGACUUCGAGCGAGCGGCGCGACUGGGCAGCCCCUUCGCGCGGCGCCAGCUGGUGCUGCUCAACCCCUACGCCGCGCUGUGCAAUCGCAUGCUGGCCGACAUGAUGGGGCAGCUGCGCGCCCCCAGCAACGGGCGCUGAGCCGGGACGCCGGUGGGCGAGGGGACAGGAAGGGGGGCCUGAACCAAUAAAACUGCUCGGACCUGGCCGACUCCGCCUGC